AUGAUCAUCGUGUUCCCUCGAGUACCAGCAUGGUGGGAAAUUGCAACCGCUGCGAUUGGCAUUGGCGUUGUGGUCUGUCCAUGUCCAGUAUUGGCGGUCGCACAUGACAUCAAGUAUCGCGCGGAGGCAUCCAAGGCUUCAAUAUUCGUCGGAGAUACUGUCAGCAUCUCCAAGUUCAAGACUAUCCAACGCGAGACACCGAAAAACGCUGUUUUCAAAGAUGUAUUGCCGAAAACUAAGUGGUCGGACCCUUCCGUCAUUUACUUUACGUCUGGCACAACAGGCAUGCCGAAAAUGGUCCUUCAUGAUCAGGUUUCUUACCCUCUAGCACAUGUUUUGACCAGCAGCCUGUGGCUUGGGCUGGGCGAAGGCAGCAUGGGCAUGGUUCGGUGCUUGGGGUUGCGGCGCAGCCCUGUUCGUGCAGGAGACUGUCAGGCCUUCAAUGCUGAGAGUGCUCUUGGUAAUCUACAUGAUAUCCCAUUACUACUCUCUGCUCCCCUCCCACCGCUUAUCGGCAGUUUGUGCUACCUGCAAGGCACUGAAACUACUCUGGUUUGCGGAAAUUUGAAAGGGGGUAAGAUCAAGUACAGCUCAAUGGGUCUCCCCGUGCCUGGUGUGCCCUUGACUGAUGUGAAUGAGAAAGGCGAUGAAUCACCACCGUUCGAGGAGGGCAAAAUUGCCAUUGCAACGACUACCAGCUCUGGAGCUAGAACCAUUAAUGUCUUUUCCAGCUAUAUGAGUCCGGAUAGAAAGGUUAUGUUGCCCCAGCAGCAAGGAAGAAGCUGUUCCUGGUAUCUCACUGGAGAUAGAGCUUAUAAAGAUGAAGAUGAAUACCUUUGGUUUGUUAGUCCAUUUGAAGUUGAGUCUGUGCUGAAGAAGCAUGCCGCAGUCAUUGAAUCCGCUGUGAUGGCAUCCCCAGACCCUGAUCGUGUGAAGGUUGUCAAAGCCUUCAUUGUUUUGCAAGAAGAGUUUAAGUUACAGAAUCCCGAUUCCCUGAUUGCUGAGAUUCAGAAGUUUUGUAAAAAGGAAACUGCUCCGUACAAGUACUCUCAACAGAUACAGUUUGUAGAACCUAGUUUCUUACUCAAGACAAUCAGUGGGAAAAUUAAGAGAGUGAAGCUGAGAGCUUUGAAAAAGGCCCUUGCAACAAGAGGGGUGAAGAUAUGA